AGUAUAUGUGUUUGAUUCUAAACACAUUCCCUUCACAUAUAAAUAGGAAGUUAAUAGAUUGCUGCUUAUUUGCAUAUUCACUAGUUUUCUUUCUGGUUUCUGCAUAUCUUCACAUGGCUAGUUUGGGUGAUCAUGAUGAGAUCAUAAAGUCUGUUUCUGAUGCCCCGCCAACGCAUUACAUGGUCAAGAUAGAGUCUUUCUCACUCCUUACAAAACAUGCUAUAGAGAGAUAUGAAACUGAGAGCUUUGAAGCUGGAGGCUACAAAUGGAAGCUGGUUCUGUAUCCAAACGGAAACAAGAGCAAGAACAUGAAAGAACAUGUUUCUGUUUACUUGGCUUUAGCAGACUCUACCUCCUUAGGUCCAGGGUGGGAGGUUUCCGCUGUUUUCCGUCUGUAUUUACUUGAUCAAAACAAAGAUAGUUACUUGAUUCUACAAGGGAAAGAGAGACGGUUCCAUACGUUCAAACGUGAAUGGGGAUUCGAUAAGUUCAUCCCUACAGCUACCUUCUUUAAUGCGUCAAACGGUUACCUUAUGGAAGACACAUGCAUGUUUGGAGCUGAUGUGUUUGUUUCCAAGGAGAGAAGAAGUGGGAGAGGAGAAUGCUUAUCAAUGAUUAAAGAUGCUACUAGCUCAAAGCACAUCUGGAAAAUUGAAAAUUUCUCAAAGUUAGACAAAGAAAGCUAUGACUCUAAUGCUUUCUUCGCUGGAGAUAGAAAAUGGAAAAUACGACUUUAUCCAUCGGGAACAAAUCACGGAACAGGAACACAUCUUUCUAUCUAUCUGAUCCUCGCAGAUCCUGAAACUGUUUCAGACGGUACAAAGAUAUUCACAGAGUUCACAGUAAGAAUAUAUGAUCAGCUUCAAGGCAGACACAUUGCAGGGAAAGUUACUAAAUGGUUCAGUGGAUCGAGCCUGGAGAACGGAUGGGUUAAAUACGUAUCAAUGGUUUAUUUCACGCAGCCAAGUAGUGGUUUGCUGCUUAAAGAUGUUUGUCUCGUUGAAGCUGAUGUUUGUGUUCAUGGAAUCACUAGUGCACUCUGAUCACUCAUUAGCCAAAACAUUUGACAUUUGAUAAUGCAAUAUAAGGGAUGUUAAUAUUGAAUAUAAUCUUUUUAUAUAAUUCUCUUGUGAAAGGACAAGAAAAUACAAAAUAUGACUUUUAACUUUCUUA